CGCUGGCCCUGCUCCCAGCCUCCGCGGCGCCUCCGGACCCAUGCAGCUCUUCAGGGUGCUGCGUCUCCUCUGGAUGCUCAGGGCCUUCCUGGGGUCCAUAGGAACUUCAGCCACGGCCACAUCCACCUCUAAUGAGCUUUGGCGCACUGCUCUGAGGAAUUCCCCACACUCCAAAGGCACAGCAAAGUGGCCACUGAACACCCCCCAAACUCCUCCCACUCCCGAUGCUAGGGAAAACAUACCCAAGACCAUCCGCACCUCCCCCAACUCGAAAUCCCUGUCUGAAACAUUGCUCAGAUCACCCAUCAAUUCCAACCCCCCAACAAUCCCCACGUCCAAGUUUGUCUUCAAGGUUGAAACCAGCCCACCUACCAUGAUCGUCUACAUGGGCUCGACAGAGUGCACCAAUCCAACAAGCCUCAUAAUCACCACCACUUAUCCCACCACCACCUGCGUGAGCCAGACCCACGUGUCCUUCCCCAGCUCUCACCCCACCACACCGGGGACAGAGACACCACGGACAGCCAUCACCAGUGCUUAUCCCAUGUCAACAACCAAGAGAGUCACCUCCGCCAUGACCAGUCCCCCCACAGUCACCACUCCAGGGAAAACUCCCACAACCACAGCCCCACCCUCCUCCUUUGUCCCAGCCACACACACAACCCCAGAUACUCUGAUCUCCUCUAUGACUGGUACCACUAAAAGGACCACCCCAGCCGCUGCAAGUGUCCACACAACUGCGUCUCCUACCCCAACAAGCGUGCCUAACUCUGCUACUACCCCUUCUCUGACUACUAGGAACACCUUGAUAACAACAGUGACUGACAAAAACUUCUCACCCACCACUGAUAGUACCUUGAUUACAACCACUACUUCACUUCCAGACAUGCUCAGUACUUUUAAAACAUCCACAGCCACCACUCCAGCACCCACGUCAACUGAUAUGUUAACAACACCUACAGCACCAGUUGCAUCUGCUGCUACUGAAGCAACCACUGGAAUAGGUACACCAAACACAACUCCUGUGAACACAAUGGGCUCCAUGAAAACAACACUCAUUCCAGUGACUGACAUUCCCACAGAAACUCUCACUGCCUCAGUUACUUCAGUUUCUCCAGUCGUGUCCUCAACCAGUCCUGCCACAUUUACCACAUCCAAAUCCAGCCCUGCGCCAACCAGCACUGAUACACACAUGACAUCCACUACCAAGGGACCACCCUCCACCACUGCAGCCACUACAGAAAUAGACGAGACAAGGGACCCAACAUCUCAUGCUUCUUCCACCAGGAAAACCACAUUUCUUACUACAACUAUUGUUUCUACAGAAUCUGCAACAACAGAGAUUACUUCUACUCCCCCAAUCACAUCAUCAGACACACCUACAAAUACAGUCAAUUAUCCGACAACCAUUACUUCCACUUCAGUGACUACCAAUACCUUGACAUCACCCGUCGGUAAGCCUCAGUCUUCACCUGCUCUGACCACAGAACCAGUCCUCACUACAACCUCAAACACUUCCCCUCUAUCCACUUUGAUAAUAACUACCACCCAGGCUACGUCCACCCCUCCAUUCCCCACUACUACUAUGACCACGAUCCCAACAGAAAUCACCACUCCCAGCUAUAUUUCAAACCCAGUCACCUCAAUUACGGCAACAUUGCCAACCACCUCGAUUACAGAAACGGACAAGACUGGGACUCCAAACAUAGUAACAUCCACAUCAGUAACAUCACAAAGAACAUCAGGUCUCACAUCAACCAGCUUCUCUACAGGAAGGAAAACCACACUAGCCACAACUGAGUCCACACCCAGUACCACUGUCGCAUUGACCUCUACCACCAACCUCAGCCCCACACUAACUCUGUCUAGCACCUCACCUACAAGCACAGACACAAAUUUCAUUUCAUCUUUUGCCACUACCCAAGAUACUGACACAACCUUCAGCGUUGAAGCAACUUCAGCCACCAGGCCGAGUACAACAUCCAUGUUCAUGAGUGCCCACAGCACAGUGACUCCUUUCCCCUCUACCAGCAGGCCAGCUACAUCUCUAGGCACUUCUUCCAUGUCUACCAGCACUACCAGGACCACUCAGGAAGACAGUACCACCUCACCUGCCACAAGCACCGAUGCACUGCACACAACCACAGUGACUCCUCCCAGUGACACCUCUAACCAGCCGGUCACCACGGAGGUGUCCUCUCCUCCAUCAGUCACAUCAUCUGCCACUCCCAUCAGCACACUAUAUUCUCCUGCAUCCACCACUUCGACUUCUAUUGGCAACAAUACCUUGACAUCAUCCACGAGUGUGCCUUCAUCCACUCCUACCACAACCACAGAGCCAGCCUCCACUUCCUCCAGAAGCACGAGCCCUCUAUCCACCUUGACAACCAAGAUCGCCACUCCCUACACCACUUCUGUCCCUUCACCUUCCACCAACAUCCCCAACUGUGCCUCCAUCCUCUGCCAGUACAGAACCCCCUACCCCGACACCACCCACCACUACAUCUCUAGGCACGUCUCCCGUGUCUACCACCACUACAAGGACGGCUCAGGCAACGAGUACCACCUCACCUGCCACAAGCACCGUCACAUCCUCAGCCACUCCCACCAGCACACUAUAUUCUCCGCCAUCCACCACCUCGACUGCCAUCACCACCAAUACCUUGACAUCGUCCACGAGUGUGCCUUCAUCCACUCCUACCACAACCACAGAGCCAGCCUCCACUUCCUCCAGAAGCACGAGCCCUCUAUCCAGUAUCCCCACUCCCUACACCACUUCUGUCCCUUCACCUUCCACCAGUACUCCUACCAGCACAGCCACAUCUGCAUCCACUGCAUCCCUCCCUGUCUCCACCACUUUGCAGACAUCCCCAACUGUGCCUCCAUCCUCUGUCAGUACAGAUACCCCUACCCCGACAACACCCACCACUACAUCUCUAGGCACGUCUCCCGUGUCUACCACCACUACAAGGACGGCUCAGGCAACGAGUACCACCUCACCUGCCACAAGCACCGUCACAUCCUCAGCCACUCCCACCAGCACACUAUAUUCUCCGCCAUCUACCACCUCGACUGCCAUCACCACCAAUACCUUGACAUCGUCCACGAGUGUGCCUUCAUCCACUCCUACCACAACCACAGAGCCAGCCUCCACUUCCUCCAGAAGCACGAGCCCUCUAUCCAUCCAUACCACUGCGAUCCUCACCUCUUCAACCACCUACUCCACCACGAGCACAGCCACAUCUGCAUCCACUGCAUCCCUCCCUGUCUCCACCACUGUGCAGACAUCCCCAACUGUGCCUCCAUCCUCUGCCAGUACAGAAACCCCUACCCCGACACCACCCACCACUACAUCUCUAGGCACGUCUCCCGUGUCUACCACCACUACAAGGACGGCUCAGGCAACGAGUACCACCUCACCUGCCACAAGCACCGUCACAUCCUCAGCCACUCCCACCAGCACACUAUAUUCUCCGCCAUCCACCACCUCGACUGCCAUCACCACCAAUACCUUGACAUCGUCCACGAGUGUGCCUUCAUCCACUCCUACCACAACCACAGAGCCAGCCUCCACUUCCUCCAGAAGCACGAGCCCUCUAUCCAUCCAUACCACUGCGAUCCUCACCUCUUCAACCACCUACUCCACCACGAGCACAGCCACAUCUGCAUCCACUGCAUCCCUCCCUGUCUCCACCACUGUGCAGACAUCCCCAACUGUGCCUCCAUCCUCUGUCAGUACAGAUACCCCUACCCCGACAACACCCACCACUACAUCUCUAGGCACGUCUCCCGUGUCUACCACCACUACAAGGACGGCUCAGGCAACGAGUACCACCUCACCUGCCACAAGCACCGUCACAUCCUCAGCCACUCCCACCAGCACACUAUAUUCUCCGCCAUCCACCACCUCGACUGCCAUCACCACCAAUACCUUGACAUCGUCCACGAGUGUGCCUUCAUCCACUCCUACCACAACCACAGAGCCAGCCUCCACUUCCUCCAGAAGCACGAGCCCUCUAUCCAGUAUCCCCACUCCCUACACCACUUCUGUCCCUUCACCUUCCACCAGUACUCCUACCAGGUCCACGACAGAAAUCACCACUCCCACGGACACUGCAGCCCCCACCUCGACCACAACCCCUCUGUCCCCGCCCUCCACUACAGAAACCACCCAGGCUGCUAG